AUGCCGGCAGACAUUGAGAUUCCGAUCUCUUCUGCAUCUCCAUCUCCUUAUUCCGAGCCUCCUGAAAGUGGUGGAGUAGAUUCUCCGGUCCCUUCAGAUAAUGCAUCGGAAUAUUCUCCGCCACCACAGCCUUAUAUCGAUGCCCCAGCCCCUGAAAAAGAAGCAGAGCAGCUUAAUAUCUCUCCAGACUACUCUCCAUCCCCUGCUCCUUACUUCACCCAAUACCCUUCUCCACCCCCUUACGUUGAAGUUGAGGCUCCAGAAGUCUACGAGGCUUACACUCCAACUCUAGCACCAGCACCUGAACCAUCUUCUGUGUUCGGAUCCGAGCCAUUGUCGGAUACUGACCCUGGUUCUCCUGAUUCUGAAAUGGCUCCUGACCCUACUGUAUUGCCGUCCAACUAUAGAGCAGAGGACGAUAGUAUUGAUUUUGACGACGAGUAUUAUAGUUCGGAGCAGAGUAAGAACAGGGUAACAAUGGUUGGUUUUGUGCUUGGUGCUGUCUGUGUGGUUGGAUUGGCGGGUAUUCUGUUCAAUAAGAAGAAAAAUAACAAGUCAAACGCAGAGUAUGAUUACGAAUUGGCUAAGAGAGAGGAUCUCUGA